AUGGCACUUGCUAUCCCGUUCCAAGCGGCGGAUUCGGAGCCAAGUCCCAAACCGGCAGGCGACUUUUGCCAUCCAUGCAAUCAGCCAGGCGGUGGAUUCCAGUCCUGCUACAAUUCCCAAGCCGACAAUCGGCUUAGCUGGUUAAAUAACACUGUGCUAUCCAAGAACACCUAUCAUCGCCACAAAGCUGACAAGCCCCCAGACGAUAUUGACACGGUCCUGAGUACUGACAGCGUCCCAUCCUUCGAACUCUUGCAUGAUCAGGAACAGUCGAUGUAUAUUAAGUAG